AUGAGUGCUUCAAAGUUCAUUAAAUGUGUCACAGUUGGGGAUGGAGCUGUUGGGAAGACUUGUAUGCUUAUUUGUUACACCAGCAACAAGUUUCCUACUGAUUAUGUACCCACAGUUUUUGACAAUUUUAGUGCUAAUGUAUCUGUGGAUGGGAAUAUAGUAAACUUGGGGCUAUGGGACACUGCAGGCCAGGAAGACUACAGCAGGUUGAGGCCACUAAGCUAUAGAGGUGCAGACAUAUUUGUGUUAGCUUUCUCUUUAAUUAGUAGCGCAAGCUAUGAGAAUGUUCUUAAGAAGUGGAUGCCUGAACUUCGUCGAUUUGCACCUAAUGUCCCAAUUGUUCUUGUUGGGACAAAGCUAGAUCUCCGCGAUGACAUGGGAUAUCUAGCUGAUCAUAUGGGAUCCAACAUCAUAACUUCAGCUCAGGGAGAAGAGCUGAGAAAGCAAAUAGGUGCUGCAGCUUAUAUCGAGUGCAGCUCAAAGACCCAGCAGAAUGUCAAAGCUGUUUUUGAUACUGCCAUUAAGGUUGUUCUUCAACCUCCAAGAAGGAAGGAUAUGGCUAAGAAGAAAAGUCACCGAAGGUCUGCUUGCUCAAUUGUGAGCAUUGUGUGUGGAGGCUGUGCUGCUUAG